GUUUUGCAGCUUACCAAGUUCUAGAAACUUUGGUUUUUGCUUCCUACCAAAACAAUGGCGGACGCCUUAUUUCGAAUACCGAAACUCAAAGUCAAAGUGUCUGGCCCCUGCGGUCAACGUGAAGUUAUGAUGCUGUAAGUGAGCUUUCUAGGACGACUCGCCUCGGAUGCGGUACUCCAUGCGCGCAGGAGGAAGCGGGUGGUGGUAGGCACGAAUAACGAGAAGCUACGAACGAAGCAAGACACACCAAAACUUUAUGAAAGUGAAGCGAGACAUCGUAGGAUGAAUCCCCAACUGGAAGCGUUGGUCGGCUGUGGCAUUGCAGGUCCUGUUAUUCCAAGAGCUCCACGGUGCAUUGUGCCCGUCUGUCACUCGCGGGUGGCACCCAGCAGCAUCCUGUAUCCCUUGCCCACUGUGCCAUCUCUGCGCCAGGCUUGGAUUGACUUUGUACGUGCGUGUCCCUGUGGUGGAGCAUGUGACUGGGAACCACCGACUGGCGAGAUCAGCCUUGUGUGCUCGCUGCACUUCACAGUUAGCUGCUUCAGGUUCCAGCGACCGCGUGGCAGCAGCACAGUCAGAAAGUGUCUGAAAAGUGGCGCAGUGCCGACGUUGUACCCGAUUGAAGAGCAGUGCGACUUGACGACUUACGGGGAUUCCCCUGACAACACUGCAGAAGAUUCGUGUUCCUCGGAUCUUACAGGUGUGCAACAGCGUGAUUCACGAGCUUCCAGCCAAUCGAUUACAAGACAAGAUGGAGGCCAACGUAAAAGGAAGCGGAAGCCAGCACAGAGGAAUGCGUAUCGAGCGGCAGUCGAGAUGGUGUUCCCCAAGGACGCCUCCACACAGUGCAGCCUGGACGUGGCUUCCAAGACAACGAGCUGUGGUGUCAGAACUGUGUCCAAGGCUGUGCAGUACAGUGGUUGAAUUUAUUUCUAUAAACCUGGAAAGGCUUUAGAUUUGAAAUCGGUGUACUUUAGCCUGGCCACGUCUGCGGACCUCGCUUGCUCGAGUGCCUCGGGGACUGUGCUUUUCAGCUGCUGAAUGAUCAUGGGUUUGAUUGCUGGCCAUGAUGAUUGGAUUCUGCUAGGGCAGUAAACCAGAUUACUUGCGUUCUUCGCAUGGUGUGCUGCAUUUAAAAUGCUCUAGUUGUUGCUUUUUUUUUGGAGUCCAUGCAUGCAAUAAUGAAUCAUGAGAAUUUCAAUUAUUGUGGAAAGUCGUAUUUCUUCACGCAUGACUCAAAGUUUUGUUGUGCAGAGAAACCUCGAUACAUCAUUGCUAACAAAAUCAGCAGUUUGCUUCUUCAGGUUCUACCUUAGUUAAAUUGGAAUCCGGCCAUUUUUGUGAAGUAUGGUCCUAAAUACAUUUUAACAUGGAAGGUUUUGCUAGAGAUGUUUCAGCAAUGAGCAGCAUGGAAGAGUCCUCUUCUAAGGGGUUAAGUUACUUUGAGAAGUAAAACUGUUUUGAACAAAAA